UCAGGUUUUAUUGUUCUUUCAUGUACAGAAUUGUGAUGUUUAUAUAUUUGAUUCUCUUAUAGGGAUUAUUCGACUGUCAUUAAAGAGAAAGGAAAUUACGGAAAUGAUGUGGCGGACGUUCUUUUGUCUUUAAGGAAUGCUGUUGUAUAUCCGGACGCUGGACUUGAAGUUGUAUAUCCGGACGCUGGAUUUGAAGCAUCACCUCCCAUAGCAUCGUCCUCCUCGACUGUAUACCUACCAAACGGCGAUCGGUUGUCACCAUUAUCACCAGUGUCACACUCUCACUAUGGCCACGUGGAGAUUAACUUUGGAGGAGUCAACCCCCCUCAUAGUGUUAACUCCCCCAACAAUGCUUACACUCAGCUUCAGAUGAUUAGCAAUAACCCCCUCGGCUCCGAAAGCAACAUAUGUUAUGGAGCAGACACCCCCCUUUCCCCACCUAUGGGUACUAGUGGCUGUAACGGUGUUUCACAGCCUGCUCCCCCACAGGGAGGGGCAAUGUUUCCUGCUUCAAUGAGUGUCAAUUUAUCAAUGAAUAUGACUAUGGGGCUUCCAGGAUACGGCGAUCAGCAGUUUCACGCGAGUCCCAUUGGACCAGGUCAGUCUCAAGUCCAAUGGAGUGAUUCUGGAGCGACACCUGGUCACUAUGGAUCUACUCACAUUCAGACGGGUUAUUCGCAGCCAAUCCAAUUGGGUUACGCAUCUCCGUCUCCCGUGUAUAACCCACAACUUACAGCAGGGACAUACACAAUCACAGCCGAAUUACGGCCGGGUGAUAACGUAACCCUUCCGCCAUUGGAAAAAGGAUUCCCAACCAAUAUUUCUCCACUCAAACCCACGAAUGAUUACUUCACACCACCAAAACACGCCGAGUGCACCUAUCAACAUCCCCUGGUCGCGGCGAAGCCUAAAACACGAAUCAUGCCUGUUACUCAACGCUCCACCCAGUUAAUCUCCCAGACAGGAAUCACGGAAGAUAUAUCGUCGUGCACUAAGCCUAACUUGUGUCGAAUCUGUGGCAGAACUUAUGCACGGCCGAGCACUUUGAAAACGCACAUGCGCACACAUUCUGGGGAGCGUCCUUACCAGUGUAAUAUGUGUAACAAGUCUUUCUCCCAGGCAGCUAACCUAACGGCACACAUCCGCACCCACAGUGGUGAAAAACCCUUCCGAUGCUUGAUCUGCGAGCGAAAGUUUUCCCAAAGUUCCUCAGUCACCACGCACAUGCGCACACAUUCCGGUGAAAGGCCGUACAAGUGUUGCAUGUGCAAGAAAGCGUUUUCUGACAGUUCAACCCUAACAAAACACCUUCGAAUUCACAGUGGGGAAAAGCCGUAUCAGUGUAAACUGUGUCUUCUACGAUUCUCUCAGUCCGGAAACCUUAAUCGACACAUGCGGAUUCACGCUGGUUCAAGUUAGGCCUAA